UUUCAUGGCUGAUUACACUCUGUGAGUCCAGAGCAGGGAGGGCUGUUGUGCUUGAGUCCAGUGCUGCUCUCAUUACUAACCAAGCAUGGGCAGUGUGUAGCAUACCAGCCUCUAAACACAGAGUAACAACAACACUGCAGAGUUUCUCCAUCACACAGCAGCAUGUCAGUACUUCAGGACUUCUCAGUUCUUUUUUUCUAGUCUAAGUUUAAGAUCAGCAAUUUUAUCAUGGAGUUGCGAAAAGUUCAUCUGAAUCUAAAAACGGUGCUGCUGACGAUGAUGAUGUUCAAAUGGGGAAUCUUCUGCACCGCCACAUCAGAUAGAUGUUUGUCUGCACCCUGCCAGAAUGGAGCUACCUGUGUGGACACCAUGGAUGAUUACGCCUGUAUCUGUCCCAGAGAAGGGGUUCGAUACAUGGGCAAACACUGUGAUGAACUCUAUGAUGCGUGUUCCUUUGCAGCAUGUGAAGACUGUACCAGCACCCUUGGCACUACAGAAUACCACUGCAUCUGCCCAGACGGUCUAACAGGUGAUAAUUGCACAGAGGAGGUGGAUGAGUGCCAGAGCAACCCCUGCUCCAAACCCCGCUCUAUGUGUGUAGACCAGCUAAACGGAUACUUCUGCAGAUGUCCUGCUGGGUUUGGAGGGCGGGACUGCAGGACACAUGUGACUGACUGCAUCGAUGAACCCUGCAGGAACAAUGGGACUUGUAUAUUACGACCAGAGGGCUUUGAAUGCCACUGUGCACCAGGGUUUGAGGGGAAGACUUGUGAGGAAGAUGUGAAUGAGUGUUCAUCAGAGCCCUGUCAGAAUGGAGCCAUCUGUAUAGAUGGAGUGGCAGAGUUCCACUGCUUCUGUGUGCCUGGUUUUCAGGGCUACAACUGUGAAAUUGACAUCAACGAGUGUGCUUCCCGACCGUGUGAAAACAAUGGCACCUGUAUCAAUGAGAAAGACCACUACGAGUGUGAGUGCCUGGCAGGCUUUGCAGGAGUCAACUGUGAAACUGAAAUAGACGAGUGUGAGUCCAGCCCCUGCCACAAUGGAGCUACCUGCCACGACCUGAUCGGCAUGUACUCAUGUGAAUGUCUGCCCGGGUUUGAUGGCAUCGACUGUGAGGUUGAUGUUGAUGAGUGUGCCAGUGAGCCCUGUCAGAAUGCAGCUGUCUGUCAUGACAUGGUGAACAGCUAUGAAUGUGACUGCAGUGAUACAGGAUUCCAGGGUGACCACUGUGAGGUUGACAUCCCUGAGUGUGCUUCUGAUCCCUGUCAGCAUGGUGCCACAUGUCUAGAGGGAGUCAAAGAGUACACCUGCCUCUGCUGGCCAGGUUUUGAAGGACCAAAUUGUGAGACUGAUAUAGAUGAGUGUGCUGAGCAGCCCUGUGAGAAUGGUGGGGAGUGUUUUGAGCGUUCAGAUCCGUCUCACUGGGAGCUGGAUUGGGAGCUCAGCUUUGCAGAUGCUGCUGGAUAUAUUUGCCAGUGUAAGCCUGGUUUUGCAGGAGAGAACUGCUCUGUCAACAUUGAUGAGUGUGAGUCUGAACCCUGCCAGAAUGGGGGCACUUGUGAGGAUAAGAUCAGUGGUUACACCUGUACAUGCUCUUUUGGAUUUCUCGGUGAGCUGUGCGAAGUGAACAUUGAUGAAUGUGAGAGCCAGCCCUGUCAGAAUGGUGGCUGGUGUGAAGACGGCAAGGCAUCCUACACCUGCCACUGUCCUGACGCAGAGCCAGGUGAACUUCCAUGGGGAGGAGAUCACUGCGAUGUGAAACUCUACGGCUGUGUGGACCAUGAAUGCCAGAAUGGAGCCACCUGCCAUCCGAGACUAGAGAGUGGAGAACACAGCCACACAUGCUUGUGCCCUCAUGGCUUCUAUGAUGAGCAGUGCUCCACGAGAACAACAUUCUCCUUCUCCAGUCCUGGAUUCAUUUACAUCCAGGUUGUUCUAGAAGAAAGGACUCGGAGAGAGGUCGAGCACCAUGUUCAUCAAGGUUUUGGGGUACAGCUCCGCUUCCGGACCACUAUACCCAAUAUGUUGCUUGUCUACAGAGGGGAUGUGGACAACCACCUCCUCCUGGAGAUUGUGAAUGGUGGUCUUCAUGCAAAAGCGUUUUCUGAGGACUCUGAACUGGAUGUAACAUUUCCUGGAUGGGUUAGUGAUGGGGACUGGCGGGAUGCUCAUGUGUUUGUAGAUAAUGAAGGUCUAGUUUUGAUUCUGAAAGGCCCUGGCUGUGACAGGGAUGGGUGCAGAGUUAUGGAUGGUGGUACAGAUGAAUCACCUUUCCAGCCCUCUGAGGCCUUCACUCACAUUUAUAUCGGUGGAGCACGAGAGGAGCUUCUGGAGUACUCUGUAAGUGGUGCAGGCUUCAUUGGAUGUAUGGAGGACCUGAUGAUAGACUCUAAGCCUAUCCUACCCCAAAUGUUUCCAGAGGACCAAGGUCAUGAGCUGGGAUGUAGUAAGACUGAAUGGUGUAAGCCUGACCCCUGCAAUGGACAUGGACGUUGUGUGGAUCUGUGGACCAGCUACCAGUGUGACUGCUACCGUCCCUUCCACAGUGAGAGCUGCUCUAAAGAAUUCCCAUCAUGGACAUUCAGCCAUGAGCAUACAAUGAGUUUCAGUGCCUAUGAUGUGGGUAAGAGCCAUGGGAGCAACUUCAACGUGUCCUUCUUCUUGAGGUCAUUAAAGCCAGAUGGGCUGCUGUUCCAGCUGAGGAGACCCACAGAUGAAGAGGAAGGACAGGUCUACUUCUCAGUCUAUCUGGGGAUGGGGAGGAUUUUGGUCAGCUCUCUGCCUAACAGUUCCCCACUGACAGCACCAAUAUUUGUGACCACUGGUGAGAAACAGUUUCUGCAGGUGGAAGUCCAACACAGACAGGUGAUCUUUGAGCAUGCAGGCCUUCGCUACGGAAUUGGAGAGAUCCCUGAAGUGAAUAUUAAUGCUGGAGAUCAGGCCUAUGUAGGAGGACUCCCAGAAGUCUGGGACUCUGAUGUGUGGGGGGGGCAUUACAAAGGUUGUCUGCAGGACCUUCGUUUAGACUCAGUGCAUCUAGACGUGGAUGCCUGGAACAACUCAGAAGAGGAGGAGGUGUAUUUACCAAGUGAUGCUGAAAAUGUAAAGAAGGGCUGUGUCAGUGAUGAUACAUGCAAGGUGAAGCCUUGUCAAAAUGGAGGAGAAUGCACCAUCACAUUCAAUGAUUUUACAUGUUCCUGUCUGGAGGAAUACACUGGAAAGACCUGUGAAAGACGUGUGUGGUGUAUUAGUGAUCCUUGCGUCAAUGGUGGCCAUUGUGUGGACCUCCCUGAUGGAUAUGAAUGUGUGUACAAUGCUACAUUUGACAACAACCCUGUGCGAUACAGUGCUGGAGGCUCCCUGGCUGAACCUGUCUCCGAUAUAUACAUGGAGCUGCGGACUCGAUCAGAGAACGCUGUGCUCCUGAGGGCCUCCUGGGGCUCUGACCUUCUGAUGGUAGGUCUGCUGGACUCUUCAGUACAGGUAGAGAUCCACAUUGGCAACAGUGUUGAGACACUGACUUUUACAGGAGUUCGACGAGUGGCUGAUGGAAGCUGGCAUCGUGUGAACAUCUCAAUGGCUGAAAAGAAGCAUAAAGCUUCUCCCUGGGUCAUAACUGUGGAUGGAAUUUCAGACACCAGCAGCAUACCAGAGCGCACAGGAAGCCUGCAUUUUCUCAAUGAAAAGGGGGCCAUAUUGGCCAUUGCAGAGAGCUUCACUGGCUGCCUGGGUGCAGUGAGAGUUGGUGGAGUCUACCUUCCUUUUAUGGAUAACCACAAAGCCCCACAGCCAUCUCAGUUCCAUUUUGUUGGAAAACCAAAGAUUCACUUUGGUUGUACUAGUGCCCCUGUUUGUGAUUCAGAUCCUUGUCUAAAUGGAGCCACAUGUGAGGACCUCUUUAAUAAAUUUAGCUGUGCGUGUGACCCUGGCUGGGAGGGAGAGCAGUGUGAGACAGAUACAGAUGACUGUGCAUCUCAGCCCUGUGUCCAUGGAAGCUGUAAGGACUACUUAGCUGGUUUUGAGUGUAUUUGCCACCCAGGAUAUGCUGGCACACUCUGUGAUGAGGAUCUCGAUGAAUGUGAACAUCAUGCCUGUGAACAUGGGGGCACCUGUCAGGAUGGACCCAACAUGUACACCUGUGUCUGCCCCAAGGACUACAGUGGCCCUCUCUGCCAGUGGGAUUAUCCUCCAAUACAGUGUGGUAAAGAUGUCCAGUGUGAAAAUGAUGGUAUCUGCAGUGACGGGCUGUGGGGUGCUAACUGUACAUGCAUGCCUGGUUUUACAGGCAGCAGUUGUGAAACAGAGAUUGAUGAGUGUGAGUCUAACCCCUGUCGAAACGGUGGUUCCUGUUUGGAUCGAUUCAACAUGUUUGUGUGUGAAUGCCUACCUGGCUACAGUGGUCCAACCUGUGACACAAACAAACAAGCUCAUAAACAAGGCAUCCCCUGGCUGGUGGUAGCCAUCCCGCUGCUCUGCUUCUGUGUACUGAUUCUGACCAUCAGCUUGACCUUCAUGGUGCUCACGGCGAGGAAGAAGCGCCAGUCAGAGGGUGCAUAUAGCCCCAGUGCUCAGGAGCUGGCUGGAGCUCGGCUGGAGAUGGACAGCAUGCUCAAAGUCCCACCAGAGGAAAGACUCAUCUGACACAAAGGGUCAGAGGUGAUCGGAGCACUGCGGACAGGUGGACAGGACUAACUGUGAAACUUUUAGUGAACACCUGGGCUGCACUGACAGAUAUUGUAGGAUACACCCCCCUGCUGGUGGAGACCUGGUACUGACCUAGUGCUGUUGUGCAUUUUUCACAAAAAUGUGUCACUAUGGCAGGGCCUUGAUAAUAAUGUAGUUAAUGUACAGAGGAUUUAAGGGCUUUAUUUCAGGAAUCACUGCACAGUCAGUCACUAAAAACACAAGUAUACAAAGGGUGGAAAAUGACUGCUGGUAUUUCCAUAGUCAGAGGAUCAUGGCACAGCUGGACUGGACUGCAUUUGUAGAAAAGCCUUAUCAUAGCCUUAUUAUAGAUGCUAGGGGCCCCAGCAGCAUCCAGCACAGUCAAACCAUUUAGAAAAAAUGUGGCUCCAAGAAAACUCAGACUGUACUGGAGUGAUUGAAUAGAAGAGUGAUACAAUUUAUUUUUCUAGUAUGAGUGUAUUUGUUGCAUUAAGACAAAGUGCAAUGGAAACAUUAGUGAAUUAAUGCUGACAUACAUCAUACAUGUGACUUAAAUGUCACUCAUCACUUCCAGACAAAAACAUCACAUCUGUGUGAAGCAAUGAGGAGAAUGGAGCCUUCCUCACAUUAAUACACUCCUCUUUAUUGAUCUCAUAACCUCUCAACUAACUCCUUAUGUUCACUGAACAGUCGUGGAUGGAAAAGUGCAUUAGAAGAUUAGUAAGAUCAAGAGCAUUACAUAAAACAUUACUGAAUUCUGAAAACAGCUAACCAGGAUACAUUGGCAUGUAGGAUCAGAGAGUCAGUCUACCCCUGUCCUGGGUAUAAUCCUGGAAAGUUGUCAUGUGCUGUUACAAACACAAAGACCUUUGUUGUGACUGUUACAGAGACUUUCCCAUCCUAACAACAAAACAACAUAUAUAUUUGGACUCAUGAAUAAGGGAUGGUGGAGAAGUUUCACUGUAGCAAAUAAAAGGCAAUAUUCAGUGUAUCGGAGGAGGCAUAAACUACAGAAUGAGCACUGCUGUACAAUGGAAUUAACUGUUUGUAAUUUGGGGAAUAGAAUUGGAAAAAUCCAUAUUGAAAAGAUCUAAUGCAGAUUUUAAAACAACGUCAUUUUAUUUUCAGUUUUAGGGCAAGUAGUUGUGUUAAUGACAUCGGAGUUUGUACAGUUUGUAUAUUUUUUUUAUUCAGAGUUAUAACUUUUGUUGAUUUUUUACUUUUACUAAUAGCGCCUCACAUGCACAAAGGAAGUGUCUGCUCAUGUUGGUCUCGACCUCUUCAGCAGCAACUUCACAUUUGUUAGUUUGUUCAGUGAAGAACACUGAAAGCCAGGCAAAUUCCAGACAGCUUCUGUGCAUGUGAAGUUCUCAGUAUGUACAGUAUGUAGAAGAGACUUUUAGAAUACAAGGUUGAAAUACUGCACCAAAAUAAAAAAGGAAUGAAUGACCUAUCCUCAAGUGUGAGUUUUGGAGAAAAAAAUAUGAAUUAUCCUGUAACACACUGUAAUAUAAAAAAUGCAAUGUACAGUAUUAGUUUUUUAAACAACAUGUUUUCAUUUCUUUCUAUUUUGAUGUACAAAAUGCCAGGAUGUUUUAUCGAUAAUGUAUAAUAAACAUGCAAUAA